AUGCAUUCUGUUUCUUUUGUCUGUUUAACCCUCUUUGUUCUGAUCAUCAAUUGUGCAAAGCUAGUAAAAGUAAGUCUAGUUUUUUACUGAAAUUCUAAUUUUAAUCAUUAGGAUCCGCCAAUCGAUUACAAUUCGGAAGUGGACGUCACCCUCAUGGGAAUUGAGAAUUCGGUCCGAAAUCAGAGCGACACAGAUUUCGGGGCCUACUUUUCAGAGAGUUUUGAUGCUAAUGGUCAGAAAGACAUUACAAGCAACUAGUUUCAAAUACAAAAAACUUUAGAUUGGUACAGAAAGUUCAUGAAGAAGCUGACGGCCGAGCAAGCUGCCACCUACUCGGUAAAUUCUUUCGUUCGUUUGCUCCGAAUUACCAUUUUUCCAGCUCUCCCGUUUCGGAGACGUCAAGGACGGAAAGACGGUUCAGUUCACUGAAUCGGUGCGUCUCAACGAUUCCUUCACUCGGCGCACUCCUUUCGAUGCUAUUUUCAUCGAACUUCAGGAAGAGGGCAGGAAGCGGCUCGUGAUUGACUCUUUGGCGGUGCACGAGGGAAAGGCCGAAUCGGACGACGAAUAA